AUGGCUGUCACCGGCUUCAUCCACCACUUUGGGAGCUUCUUGCUCCUUGCAGCAACGAUCCUCCUAAUUAUCACCACUAUUUCUGCCCCAGUGGUGCACCACAUCUCUCUCUUGACCGUGAAGCUGGGUCAAUCUUCCGCCGGCCGAGAGAUCACAUUUGGCACGUUCGGAUGGUGUGUCAUUGACGGCUCUGCAGAUGGCUCCGACCAGUGCAGCCGCUCUAGCGUCGGGUACUCGCCCGCCGACAUCAUCGGCGAGGCCGAUGCCACGCAGUUGGGCGCCUGGUCCUCCGAUGCCGUCGAGGCCCUGACCCGCGUCAUGAUUCUCAACCCCAUCGCCGCCGGCGUCUCCUUCAUCGCCUUUGUGCUCUCCGUCGGCGCCGGCAUGUUCGGCUCCUUCUUCGCCGCCCUCGUCUCCGGCACCGCCUUCCUCAUCACCAUCGUCGCCCUCAUCUGCGACUGGGUCAUGCUCGCGACCAUCCGCCGCAAAGUCAACGGCGACAACAACGGCGACGACGGCAGCUACGCCCACUACGGCGUUGCGCUCUGGACCCUCCUGGCCGCCGCCAUCUGCCUGCUCAUCGGCACCGUCGUCGUCUUCUUCACCUGCUGCAGCGGGCGUCUGCACAAGCGCCGCCAGCAGCGGGCCAAGGUCGACAACUUCUCCCCUCCCGCCACCCAAACCACCUACCGGCGUCGCCGCUGGUGGCAGCGCAGCCGCUACUAG